AUGGCGUCGGCCGCAGUCCGGUUUCUGCUCGUGGUGGCCAUGUGCGGAGUGGUGGCGCUCCCGUCGCGAGUCGCUGGAGCGCGACCAGUGAGCGGCGCGGGGUUCAUCGUCGAGGGCGGCGUCUUCUGCGAUACAUGCCAGGCGGGAUUUGAGACGCCGGCGAGCACCAACAUUGCAGGUUAGAGUUCUCGUCCUUGGGAAAUCGGUGGGGGUUUGUGGUGUGGGAGUGGAUCUAGCUCAGAUCUGGGAGGUCCGCGCCUCCGCCGCUGUGUUUUUGGCUCUCUGGCGGCAGAAAUACGAGUGAGGAUGGUCGGAUUUGUCCGGUCGAUGGCUUCUCUAUGCAUUCGCUCGGUUUGAUUUGAUUUGAUUUGGUUGGGAAAGCGGGAAAAUCGACGAUCCGUCUAGAAUCUGUGGCUUCCUCCGUGUCGAUGUGAAAGGAUUUGUGGUAUGUGACGUAGCUUGUCUCCGUGGAAAUCGCAGGUGCGAAGGUGCAGGUGGAGUGCCGGGACAGGGAGAGUGGAGUCGUGAAGUACGUCGCCGACGGCUCGUCGGACGACCAGGGAAAGUACAGGAUCUACGUGGCCGGAGAACAUGAGAACGACAUCUGCGAGUCGGUGCUCGUCAGCAGCCCCGACCGCUGGUGCUCCUCCCCGCUGGCCGGCCGCGAGCGCGCUCGCGUCGUCCUCACCCACCACAACGGCGUCGUCUCCGACAAGCGCGUCGCCAACAACCUCGGCUUCCGCAGCAACUCCGCCUUGGCGGGCUGCGCGGAGGUCAUGAAGGCCUACCAGGAGUAUGACGACUGA